CUCCUCCCUGCGCCUCCUCCUCCUCCGUGACGUCACCUCCCGGGGCUGGGUUCCUUCUGGGAGUGGCGUGGGCGCAUGCGCAGAGAGAAGGAAGGCGACAGAGCGCGAUGUCCCUGUUGCCUUCCUGUCGCUCUUCCUCCUUCCUGUUUGGGACCAAGAAGGAGCAGCGCCACAGCAAGAUGGCGGCCGCCGCUGCCUCUCCGCUCAAGCACUUUGUGACCGCCAAGAAGAAGGUCAGCGGCAUCUUCGAGCAGCUGGCCGCCUACGUCCAGGAGAGCGCCGCCUUCCUCGAGGAGACGCACCGGGAUGUGGAGCUGGACCCGGUCACGACGGAGGAGCAGGUGCUGGAGGUCAAAGGAUACCUCUCGAAGGUCAGCGGCAUCAGCGAGGUCGUGGCCCGGCGGCACAUGAAGGUGGCCUUCUUCGGGCGGACCAGCAACGGGAAGAGCACCGUCAUCAACGCCAUGCUCUGGGACAAGGUCCUGCCGUCCGGCAUCGGCCACACCACCAACUGCUUCCUGCGGGUCGAGGGCACCGAAGGGCAGGACGCCUUCCUCUUGACCGAAGGCUCCGAGGAGCGCAAGAGCGUCAAGACGGUCAACCAGCUGGCACACGCCUUGCACCAGGAUGAGCGCCUGGCGUCUGGCGGACUGGUCAGCGUCAUGUGGCCCAACUCCAAGUGCCCCCUCCUCAAGGACGACCUGGUGCUGAUGGACAGUCCUGGGAUUGACGUGACCACCGAACUGGACAGCUGGAUCGACAAGUAUUGCUUGGACGCCGACGUCUUUGUCCUGGUGGCCAACGCCGAGUCCACCCUCAUGCAGACGGAGAAGCAGUUCUUCCACAAGGUCAACGCCCGCCUCUCGCGGCCAAACCUCUUCAUCCUCAACAACCGGUGGGACGCUUCCGCCUCCGAACCCGAGUACAUGGAGGAGGUGCGCCGCCAGCACAUGGAGCGCUGCUGCGUCUUCCUGUCGGAGGAGCUGGGGCUGGUGGACCGGGCGCAGGCCGCUGACCGCGUCUUCUUCGUCUCGGCCAAAGAGGCGCUGGCCGCGCGCAUCCAGAAGGCCCAAGGCAUGCCCGAAGCAGGCGGAGCGCUGGCUGAAGGUUUCCAGGGCCGGAUGUUUGAGUUCCAGAACUUUGAGCGGCGCUUUGAGGAAUGCAUUUCGCAGUCGGCGGUGAAGACGAAAUUCGAGCAGCACACGGUCCGGGCCAAGCAGAUGGCAGAGGAAGUGCGGCGCAUCAUGGACUGCGUGCACAUGGCCGCCCAGGAGCAGCGGCUCUACUGCCUGGAGUUGCGGGAGGACCGCCAGGAGCGCCUGGGCUUCAUCGACAAACAGCUGGAUCUGCUGAGCCACAACUACAAGCAGAAGAUCAAGCAGCUCACCGAAGAGGUCGAGAGGCAGGUGUCCAACGCAAUGGCGGAAGAGAUCCGCCGCCUCUCGGUCCUGGUCGACGACUUCCAGCUGGAUUUCCAUCCCUCGCCCGUCGUCAUCAAAGUGUACAAAAAUGAGCUGCACCGGCACAUUGAGGAAGGCCUGAGCCACAACCUCUCGGAGCGCUGCUCGGCCCCCGUCUCGACCUCCUUGCAGGCCAUGCAGCAGGAAAUGAUGGAGGGCCUGAGCCCGCUGUUGCCGCCAUCCCUGCGCACCCAGGGGGUCCCGGGGCCCCGGACGAGGGGCGCCUCCUCCGCCUUCACGCUCAGCUACGACCUCAACUGCCACAAGCUCUGCGCCGACUUCCAGGAGGACAUCGAGUUCCACUUCUCCUUGGGGUGGAGCAUGCUGGUCAAGCGCUUCCUGGGGCCAAAGGGCACGCGCAGGGCCCUCCUCGGGUACAGCGAGCAGGUCAGGCUUCCGCCCAUUCUUCUCAGCAGUAAUAAUAAGAGUAGUAAUAUUAGUAAUAAUGAUAGUAAUAAUAGUGGGAUGCCUUUCUUGCAGGUGUGGAAGGCGGUGGGCUGGCGGCUGGUGGCGCUCUCCUUGGGCCUGUACGGGCUGCUGUACCUGUACGAGCGGCUGACCUGGAGCUCCCGGGCCAAGGAGCGGGCCUUCAAGCGCCAGUUCGUGGAGUACGCGGCCGAGAAGCUCCAACUCCUGGUCAGCUACACCGGCUCCAACUGCAGCCACCAAGUCCAGCAGGAGCUCUCGGGGACGUUUGCCCAGCUAUGCCAGGAAGUGGACGCCACGCGGGAGGAGCUGCAGCAGGAAGUGGAAGCCCUGAGUCGCAAGGUCGAGCUCCUGGAGGCCCUGCAGGGCAAGGCCAAGCUCCUCAGAAACAAGGCCGGUUGGCUGGACAGCGAGCUGAACAUGUUCACGCACCAGUACUUGGAGCAGAGCAGAUAAGCCGAGGGGAGAGGAGGUCGAAGAGGAUGGUGAUGCGUGCGAGUACCUAAGAGGCGUCUUUGGGAAGGGUUUGUUUGCAUGGCCCCCAAUGGCUGCCGGGACCCUUCCCCUCCCUUGAACUGAAAACGAUGCAUUGAAAGGCCGGGAUCGGGGGGCCCGUUCCUCCGAAAUGAAUUAUCUGGGUGUCGAUAAUCUCACAAUGAAUGCGACGAAUGGUAAAUUGAUUUUGCAGAAAGAGAAGUGAAUCCUGCUCUUGCGAACGGAGAUCCGUUUUUAAAUUGUCGUCCCCAAAGCACUUUAUUGAUUUUCCACAAAUAUAUUAUAUAUAAUUUCCGGGCUUUCUUUACAAUCCGUAAUGGUCUUUUCUAUCCGCUGUUUGUGUAUUUAUGGUGGAGAUGGGGUUCGCGCAAAAGGGUCUCCCGUUGAAAAAAAGCAACAUUAAAGAGAGACAACAAACACAA